AUGGAGGAGUACGAGAAGGUGGAUACGAUUGGUGAAGGCACGUACGGGGUCGUGUAUAAAGCGCGGGUGCGCUCGACCGGAGAGAUUUUAGCCUUGAAACGUAUUCGUUUAGAGCAAGAAGAAGAAGGCGUCCCGUCAACUGCCAUUCGAGAGAUCUCUUUGUUGAAAGAACUCAGGCACGAAAACAUCGUGAAACUGGUGGACGUGGUGCACUUGGAGAAAAAGCUCUACUUAGUGUUUGAAUAUUUAGAUUUAGAUUUGAAAAAGCACAUGGACGCGAGUCCGCACAUAUCGAACGAUCGAAUGGUGAUUAAAGGAUACGUGUAUCAAAUGUGCGCCGGCAUCGCGUUUUGUCACUCGCACAGAGUGUUGCACAGAGAUUUAAAGCCACAGAAUUUAUUAAUCGAUACGGAAACGAACUCGUUGAAGUUAGCGGAUUUUGGGUUGGCGAGAGCGUUUGCGAUUCCGUUGAGGGCGUACACGCACGAGGUAGUGACGUUAUGGUAUCGAGCGCCGGAAAUUUUGUUAGGCGCGAAGCAAUAUUCCACGCCGGUGGACGUGUGGUCGAUUGGGUGUAUUUUCGCGGAGAUGAUUAAUCAGUCGCCGUUAUUUCCUGGAGACUCUGAAAUCGAUCAGUUAUUUAAGAUAUUUCGCGGGUUAGGGACUCCAGUCGACACCGUUUGGCCAGAAGUGUCGCAACUGCCGGAUUACAAGGAGGAGUUUCCCAAAUGGAAGGCGAAGGAGAUGAAGGAGUUGUGCCCGAAAGUCGACGAGUUUGGUUUAGAUUUAUUGAAGAGGAUGUUGGUGUAUCCGCCACACAUGAGAGUGUCAGCGAAAGAUGCGUUGAGACAUCGAUACUUUGAAGAUUACGAUCCGAAAAGUCACGUGAAGAACGUGGAGAGAGCUUUGAAUUCUUCACUCGAUGGGGGCAACGAAUAA